AUGAAGAUGACACCCCCGCCGCCGCCGCCGCCGCUGCUGCCCAGAGACCAGCAGCAGAAGACGGCCACCUACGACUACGCCUACGAGAAAUCGCUGAGCCACGCCGAGGCAAAGCUUUUCUACCAGCACCACCAACUGGCAUCACGCGACAGCACCGUGCCUCCAAGCCCUGUCCCCGCCGGCGGCUCGGGCGAUUUUCACGGCGAGGAACUGCCCGCGAGCGCCACCGAUCCUAGCUCCCAGACCGAUAAGGCAAUGACAGUCGACGCUGACUCGCUGUCUCUGCGGCCUAUGGGUGGAGACCGGCCCUUUCACCACGUCGAUGGUAGCCCCAUUGCGACAAACCGCCUCCCUCCGGCCGAGGCCCCGUCCCUGGGGACCACCGAGGGCCUCCCGAGCGCCAAUGUAGGGCUGGGCAUUUCCCCGGGCACCGAUUCCGCGGGCUAUGCGGUGACAACGGAGCUGGCGGCCAUCUAUCGCAAGAUCAAGGGUCUCUUGGACCGACGAUCCAAAUACAUGGAUUUCUCGCUGCAGGUACCUGGGGAUGAUCCUCGGAAUCAGGCCGAGUGGGAGAUCUACCCUCCGCCUCCCGAACCUGCUUGGGAUGCUGGGAAGGAAUACCAGCCAGGCAAUGUCGGGGGCCCGUCAGAUUGGACGGGGAAAAAGAGGAAGAUGGGCCAAGACAUUGGGGAAGAUUUUGACAUGGCUGAACUGAUGCCCCUCCCCGGCGAAUCUCCUUGGGUCUACCGGCUGGAUGGUAACAGCGUCUAUCAAGUCUACGAGUCCUCGUCAGCCGCGGAUCAGCACCAGCCGAUCGUCCAGAUCCCAUCCUUGCGUGAUUUCUAUAUGGAUCUGGAUUCUGUGGUCGACGUCUCGACCGAUGGACCGGUCAAGAGCUUUGCCUUCAAACGCCUGUCGUACCUAGAGGGCAAGUUUCAGCUGUAUGCCCUGUUGAAUGAAUAUCAGGAAAUUGCCGACAGCAAGAAAGUGCCUCAUCGGGACUUUUACAACGUGCGCAAGGUGGACACGCACGUCCACCACUCUGCAUGCAUGAACCAGAAGCACUUACUGCGCUUUAUUAAAAGCAAAAUGCGAAAAUCCCCUGAUGAAGUGGUUCUCUUCCGAGACGGGAAACAUUUGACCUUGCGGGAGGUCUUUGAGAGUAUCAAUCUGACAGCUUAUGAUCUAAGUAUCGACACGCUGGAUAUGCAUGCGCACACCGACUCCUUCCAUCGGUUCGACAAGUUCAACCUCAAAUAUAACCCCGUGGGCGAAUCUCGACUGCGUGAAAUUUUUCUCAAAACGGACAACUACAUCAAGGGCCGCUAUCUCGCCGAAAUUACCAAGGAAGUUAUCUCGGAUCUAGAGUCCAGCAAGUAUCAGAUGGUCGAGUGGCGCAUUUCGAUCUACGGGCGAUCGAUUCAGGAAUGGGACAAACUGGCGGCGUGGGUGGUGGACAACAAGCUGUUCUCGCCCAAUGUCCGCUGGCUUAUUCAGGUGCCGCGCCUCUACGAUGUGUACAAAUCAAGCGGCAUGAUGGAAAACUUUGAGCAGGUGAUUACCAAUGUGUUCCAGCCGCUAUUCGAAGUGACCCGAGAUCCAUCCAGUCAUCCCAAACUCCAUGUCUUCCUGCAGCGCGUGGUAGGGUUUGACAGUGUGGAUGAUGAAAGCAAGGCGGAGCGUCGGCUGUACCGGAAGUAUCCCAUCCCUCGUGAAUGGGAUACGAAGCAAAAUCCGCCGUACAGCUACUGGAUCUACUUCAUGUUUGCCAACAUCGCCUCCCUCAACAACUGGCGCAAGCACCGAGGAUUCAACACAUUUGUCCUCCGUCCGCAUUGUGGUGAAGCAGGUGACCCGGACCACCUGGCUGUGGCCUUCCUUUGCUGCCACAGUAUCAGUCAUGGGAUUCUGCUGCGCAAGGUGCCUCUGUUGCAAUAUCUCUAUUAUCUGGAUCAGAUUGGUAUCGCCAUGUCGCCACUGAGUAACAAUGCGCUCUUCCUCACGUAUGACAAAAAUCCGUUUGCCAGCUUCUUCAAGCGCGGGCUCAACGUCUCGCUGUCCACCGACGAUCCGCUGCAGUUUGCGUUUACCAAAGAGCCUCUAAUAGAGGAAUAUUCGGUGGCGGCCCAGAUCUACAAGUUCAGCGCCGUGGAUAUGUGUGAGCUGGCCAAGCAUUCCGUGGUCCAGAGUGGAUUCGAGCUUUCCUUGAAACGGCGAUGGCUGGGCUCGAGCUGCGCCCUGCCUGGGGUCGCUGGCAACAACGUGGCAAAGAGCAACGUGCCAGAUAUUCGCGAGGCAUUCAGGCAGGAGACUUUGGUUGGAGAACGAGGCUUGAUUGAGCGAUAUGCGGAUGGCAAUCUCACGGAUGAAUGCAACGGGAUGAUCCCUGGCUCAUUGCAGAGUGCCAAACAGACCACGGCGCAUGGGCUCAGUCUCUUCUUUUGGUAUAGAGCCGCAAGCUUCGAUUUGCAAGUCGUCCUCCUCCCCCCAGCUCCGGCAUCGACGCAAAACGGCCGAUCCCCUUACGUCGCGACUGGCGAAUUUUCGUCGCCAGUGAGCAACAGUGGUGUCAUGGGAGCCUCUGUUGCCGGGGCAGAUGGCACACCGGAACAGAAAAUUUUCCCUGGGAUUGUCCACGAGAGGGCGCGGAGAGGAAGUAUCCGAGUUCAGUCCUCGGAAGAUCACAGCCAUUAA